CAUCGUGUAGCAUGAACAAAAAUCUUGACAAAUGUCAAGUAUUAUUUUAUUUGCAAAUCAAAGUGUUUAUGUUUGUGGUUUCUAAUUCUAGUUUCCAAUUUUCAUAAUACUGUUAAAACAAGGUCAUUCGAGGUUUGAUGGAAAAGUAACAUAGAAUACUUGUAAUAAAAGUAUAUCAGUGACAAAAUGACUUGUAAUAUUCCACUGCCAGAAAAAGAUACAAAAUUCAACGAAUUCUACACAGAGGUGAAAGAAAUUGAAAAACGAGAUUCAGUACUAACACCCAAACAACAGAUUGAGAGAUUGCUGAGACCUGGUUCCACUUAUCGAAAUUUAAAUCCUUUUGAUGUGUUACAAGUCGAACCAGAUACAUCAAUUGAAGAAAUAAAGAAGAAAUACAGAAGAUUGUCCAUUCUUGUGCAUCCCGAUAAAAACCAGGAUGAUCCUGACAGGGCCCAACAAGCCUUCGAAGCUGUCAAUAAGGCUUGGAAGACACUCGAAAAUGAAGAAACCAGGAAAAAAUGUAUGGAUAUAAUUGAAGAGGCCGUAGGAAGAACAGAUAUUAUGCUUGCAGAGAAAAGAAAGAAAGCUAAAAAAGAAGGAAAAGAUGGCAUACCAGAAGAUGAUCCUGCUAAAUAUAAACAUGCCAUUUAUGUCCUCACAAUGAAACUCUUUGCAGAUAUGGAACGUAAAAGACGUGAACUAGCUGACCGUGACCAAGAAGAAAGAAAACGGAAACGAGAGGCAGAGAUAGAAGAUGAGGAAAAUGCUAAAGCACAAAAGGAGUGGCAGAAAAACUUUGAGGAAUCUCGCCAAAAUCGAGUCAACAGCUGGCAAACCUUCACUUCCAAAAGCAAGGACAAGAAGACCAGUAAAAAAAUCAAAGUAUUUAAACCUCCGAAAAAUAAGCCCGAAUCACGAUCUUAAAGAUUUGUAGAAAACAGAAACAAUAUAAGGGCUAGUUAUUGUAAUUAUUAUAGUAUUAAUUAUAAAAAAUGAUAUUUUUUAUUAUUUGAUAAACUAAUGCAUGGGAAGAAACUGUAUUGCUUUCCCUAAUUUUGUGUGAGUGAAAUGAAAAAUGUACAAGAGAUGUCAGAAGGAGUUUUCUCUAAGUGUAUAU